AUGUCCACCACAUCCAGUCCAUCGUCUAGCACUUCCGCGUCCAAUUCGGAGUGCAGUGAUCCACCUUCCUCUCGACGACGACGCAUUGCCAAAAUGUCACAAGAGCGCCGAGAACGUAAGGCGACACUCGCCAAAUUGCAAAGGAUCGUGCCGUAUGCCCACGAAGGUUUAUCUCAGCUUGAACUUCUUCAAAGAAUCAUCGAUUAUAUUGCAGAUCUUCAGGUAAUCAUUUUAUUGGUCCUUUAUCACCUCUAUAAGAUUGUGAAGAUUUUUUGGAGAUACCUAUUUCUAGAAUAG